CUGAGGAGAGUUGAGCAGUUCACAUUAUGUUUACACAAUUGUAAAAUACUUUACACCGUAUGUUCAUGCAACAAUAGGUCGUUUCUGCCUUGUGUUAAUAGUGCACAUCGCUGUUUCUGCGUCUGCUAACUCAAAGAAACAUGAGAAAACACAUUCAUCUCCAUUGAAGCUCCUCCCACGACAAUCACACAUUUAGUAAUUCAGCAAUAAAUGCUAAAGUGAAGUCGAGCAUCAGAUCAUCAGGAAGAGCUGAAAUCUGUAAAGACUGAGUUUAUUAAAGAGGACAGAGAGAAGAUGAGAGAUCCAGAACCCUGCAGAAUCAAACACACUGAAGAUACUCAAGAAGAAACAGAGUUGAUUGAAGAAGAGGAAGGGAAUGAAGAAUUGAGUGAAAUUGAUAUGAAUAAUCAUGUCAAAACUGGAGAACAACUUUUGAAUUGCUUUCAAACCAAACAGAGAGAUUUAAUGAAAAGUGCCGAGAAAUCUUUGACCUGCACUCAGUGUGGAAAGGAUUUCUUAUUGAAACAUCAUUUUGAUGUUCACAUGAGAGUUCACACUGGAGAGAGACCAUUCACUUGUGAUCAAUGUGGGAAGAGUUUCACACAAUCAUCAAGUCUUAAGAUACACAUGAACAUCCACACUGGAGAAAAACCUCACAAGUGUUCACACUGUGACAAGAGAUUCAGUCAGUCAGGAGACAUGAAAAUACAUGAGAGGAUCCACACUGGAGAGAAACCAUACACAUGUGAUCAGUGCGGGAAGAGUUUCACACGAAGACCACAAUUUAAGGAACAUGUGAGGGUUCAUACUGGAGAGAAACCGUACAAGUGUUUAUACUGUAACAAGAGAUUCAGUCAGUCGGGAAACCUUAAGACACACAAGAGGAUUCACACUGAAGAGAAACCGUAUCACUGCACUGAAUGUGGGAAGUGUUUCAAUCAUUCAGUUUCUUUACGCAGUCAUACAAAAAACUAUCACAGCAAGUAGAUCAUCUUCAGAUCAAGCACUUUCAGAUCUGAUGCAGCGUACUCAACAGAUAAGACACAAUUAUGCAUCAAGUAGUGAAAUAUCAUCUGGAUGAAUCUCUCAUUACAAGUGACAUGUCAAAGAAACAUCUGAAGUUUUCACAGUGAACAAAGUUCAUCUUCAAAAGCAGCAGAUUCAACUGAGAUUCAGAUCAACUCAAAGAUGGAGUUCCUCUCAAAAAAACAAUGUCACAAAUUAGAAUAGAAUAAAAUAAAUUCCAUUGCCUAUCCUCUCAGGAUACCUGGAAUCACUGGAACAAGUAUUCCAGGAACAUCGUUUUCCCAUGUUUCCAUCUACAGAUGUCUGAGUUCUGCUCCCUGUGCAACUGAUACUCGACUGCCAUUGGCUCUUCUGCGUUAGAGGGAAGGGGUUUACCUGUAGGUCAUUAUUCAAAGCUUUCUAACAUGGUUUAUGCUAAAAAUAAAUGACACCUUUCAAAUGUUUUGUUCCAUUACAGCCAGUUAUCUGGUUCUACAGCUGAUUCUUUGUUUUAUUAUAUUUUAUAAAAAUAACAUCAUUGCCAAAGUCAUUAAUUUGUGUCUGUGUACUGGCAAUAAAAUAAGUGAAUAAAAAAAAUUCAUAAAUUAAA